CUAUUUCAGCCUAGGUACCUCACUGUAGAACUGCAGAGGAUUUUCACUGAAGACACUGACUCUGAAAUGGAAACGUUUGAAGGCUUCGCUUCAAGUGAGGUGGAUGUGAACAAGAAAGGAGUUCAGGUAAAGGCAGCAUUAAAGUCGAACUUGGUUGAUGAAGAACACGAUAACUUACCUGGUAGUGAGGAACAAGAGGAGGAAGAGGUGAAGAAGAAAGUUUCACCCAAGAGAAGCUUUGGCCUUCGUGUUGCCUUGCAGUUUCCCACCAGAAAGUCGUCUGAGAAAAAAGUGCCUGAACAGGCUUUUUCUGACUUACCUCUAAAGGACAGUGAAUCCCUCACACAUCUUUCAAAAGAAAUAAGCUGCAAGGGGUGGGACAAACAAGAGGGAUCUGCUUCAGAGUCUGAAGAAGACAUUAAAGAAUCACAGGAGGAAAGCUCCAGUGCUCUUCUUAAGAGAGCCAUGAACAUUAAAGAAAAUAAAGCCAUGCUUGCCCAGUUGCUGGCAGAACUGAAUUCCAUACCUGACCUGUUCCCAGUGAAAACACCCACUUCCACUCCUUCGAAACAGAGGAAAAUCCCCAGGAGGACAUUUUCUGAAGGCCAGAUAACACGUCGCAUGAACCCAACCAGAAAUGCUCGUCCGCCAGAAAAUUUUGCUGUGGAAAAAUUUACUAUGUCAGCUGUUAAAUUUGCAGAACAAUUCCGUAGCUAUAGACAGCAAAACCUCCUGACGAAGAGACUCAGUGUGGGGAAUUGUGGAGUGCACAGAAGGAGGAGAUCAUCAAGGUAUUCAUCUCACCGUCCGGUAGAAGAUAUUACCGAGGAGGAAUUGGACAACAUUGCAAUCACUGUUAAAGACAAAAUCUAUGACAAAGUUCUGGGUAGUACUUGCCACCAGUGUAGACAAAAGACAAUUGAUACAAAGACAGUCUGUCGCAGCGAGGGCUGUGGAGGAGUAAGGGGGCAGUUUUGUGGACCGUGUCUUCGAAAUCGGUAUGGGGAAGAUGUGAAAUCAGCAUUGCUUGAUCCAGCCUGGAUCUGUCCUCCUUGUCGCGGGGUGUGCAACUGCAGCUACUGCCGCCGGCGGGACGGGCGCUGUGCCACUGGCAUGCUCAUCCACUUGGCCAAGUUCUACGGCUACAACAACGUCAGGGAGUACCUGGAAAGUUUACAGAAACAACUAGCGGAUGACAAUUAAGAACACUGAACUCAAGCUGUGCCUGCAACUAGUUCUUACGUUGACAAAUUUUUACUUCAAAAGGUUAUUGCUAUGUUUUAUAUAAGAUAGAACUGUAGAGUAUAGUAUACGCAUUUCUGUGUUGGGAACUUUUUUAUUGAUGUGGUCUUAUGCAAAGAUCUCUCAGGAAAAUGUUUUGGUAGAGAAAUCUACAUGCACAGACCUAUAUGUUAAGUGAAAUGGCACUCUUGUAUCUUGAGUGGUUAAUUUUUAAUAGAGCUACACAACCACAUGAUAGAGAAGCUGGUCAAUUGUAGCAAUAUUUUAUUUAUAUAAUUGUGCAAGUUUGCAGAAAGGGUGUUUAACAACUACCUGUAAAGCACACCCUGU